GAGUCAGGUCGUAGGGCAGGGACUCUGCAGACGCCGCCAUGGCUGGCAAUGCUCUCCGGCCUGUGCGCUCCCUGCUCGCCGCCCUUCUGGCGCCAGCGCUGGUGGCAUUACUGGUGUCGCCGGCCCGGGGUCGCGGGGGCCUGGACCACGGGGACUGGGACAUGGGCUGGCGACUGCCUCCGCUGCCACCCCGCGAAGACGCGCCGCGCGUGGCCCGCUUCGUGACGCACGUCUCGGACUGGGGCGCGCUGGCCACUAUCUCCACGCUGGAGGCGGUGCGCGGCAGGUCCUUCGCGGACGUCAUCUCCUUCAGUGACGGUCCCCCGGGCGCAGGCAGCGGCGUGCCCUACAUGUACCUGAGCCCAAUGCAGCAACUAGUGAGCGACUUACAGGAACAUCCAGAGGCUACGCUGACACUGUCUUUGGCACAGACUGUCUUCUGUAGGAAACAUGGAUUUGAUCCCCAGAGUCCCUUGUGUGUUCAUAUAAUGUUGUCGGGAACUGUGACCAAGGUGAAUGAGAAGGAAGCAGACUAUGCGAAGAAUUCGUUAUUCCUGCGACACCCUGAGAUGAAGACUUGGCCUUCCAGCCAUAACUGGUUCUUUGCAAAGUUAAAUAUAACCAACAUUUGGGUCUUGGACUACUUUGGUGGACCGAAAGUCGUGACACCUGAAGAAUAUUUUAAUGUCACAUUGCAGUGAAGCAGAAUAUGGUGAACUGGCCCACCCCAGCAAAGAGCCGUAGAUGGCUCCGCACACUUAAGAGCUUGCUGUUGUCUGCAGCUUUCCUGGGCUGUCAGCGGACUCUUGUCACCCGCUAGUUGAUCUUGUUUGCUUGCCUGUUUACAGAAUGCUGUUGGUCCUAGAGUGGGAUCUCUUGAAAGAUGUGGUUGCUGGAUUUAAAACUUGUGUUUCGAAGCCAUUUUCACAGAAAAAUGCCGUUCAUUCUAAUCAAGGAUUUUUUCUUUCAUCUAUUCCCAGUGUUUUUUCUUCAGUUGUGCCCAUAGAUGGGCAAUGUAGACCAAGUGUAGAUUGAUUGCCCAUCGGCACUUGAGGUACCAAAGGCGCUUUAUUCCUGAUGGCCACUGUGCCUGGAGGGUGACCCCUUCACCCAGCUGCCUCUGGAGCCUGUGCAGAGGAGCCUGGAGUGGGGAGACCUGAGCAGAGGGUGUGCCCCGGAUACAGAGUGCUGUGUGAACCCUUCAGAUGUGGAAGGAGUGAACUGCCUAGUCACGUCGGCCUGUAGGGCUGAUCCCGCACGGGACAAAAGUGUCUUCUGUAAAACUCCGCGAAUGUCUCAUGUUCCAAAGUCAUAGUUACCCAGAGCAAAGAAGUCAGAAAUGUUUCCUGUUUUCAUCUUCCACCUAAGUAGGCACUGACUAUUCAUUCUUCGUCCUUCAAAACAUAUACACAUGGGCUGGGGGCCGGGGGCAGCUCGCUUGAAGGCACAAACGAACAAAAACCAAAACAAUAUGUUUUAUUUGCAUGAAAAGAGGAUUGCAGAAGGAAAGGAAAGGAAUUUGUUUAGAUUUUUUUUUUCAAAAGAAGAAUUAAAAGAAUGACAAGAGGAAUUAGCCCAGGCACCAACCACAGCCCAAGCCUUCCUCAGACGCUCUGUGUCUCAGAGCUCCUGGCGCUGCUUCCAGAGUCAUCAUCUGUGGGAGAUAACAUGGUAACACGGCAUUGAAAAAAUGUUUCUGGAGCCAGGCAGUGGUGGCGCACGCCUUUAAUCCCAGCACUUGGGAGGCAGAGGCAGGCGGAUCUCUGUGAGUUCGAGACCAGCCUGGUCUACAAGAGCUAGUUCCAGGACAGGCUCCAAAGCCACAGAGAAACCUUGUCUCGAAAAAACAAAACAAAAACAAGCAAACAAAAAUGUUUCUGGGCUAGAGGGACGGCUCAGCGUCUAAGAAUGUGGACUGCUCUCGCGGAGGAACUGGUCCAAGGCUCAGGCAGACGCAGCUGCUCAGAACUCCAGCUCUGGAAUCAAAUCCCUCCGGCCUCUGGGGGCACCAGCACACACAUAGACACUCGCGCACACACACAAUUAAAAAUAGCACAUUUUAAAACGUUUCUUCAGAGGGUGUACUAGGUAGCUUCGUCUCCUGUAUUCAUGAUCUCAGAUGACGUAAGAGUCCUUUUAAAUGAAGUGCUGGGUAUCAAACCACUGAUCCCUACAAAAAGAAGUUAAAUAGGAGCCAUAAUGCUGAAAAAAUAGAUGAUAAACUAAACAAAUCCCGCAAAUGACUUUUCAAGAAAAAAAAUUAUAUUAAACAGCCAGAGUCUUGUCAUUCAAGUCAUUAACCAUUAAAAGCGUUAUUUUAACGUGG